GACGUUGGCUGAACAACAUGACGGCGGCACAGGUUAGACCACUUAGUGAAGAAUUACAAAAGGCGGCAAUAGACCUUUUGGGUGAGGUUCCCUCGCGCAUUCCCGACGACUUGGCUCAACUCAAACAAUGGAUUGCCCAGCAGCCACAUUUAAAAGCCAAUACCGAUGAUCAGUUUCUCUUGGCCUUCCUGCGAGGCUGUAAAUAUAGCUUGGAGAAAACGAAAUCAAAAAUUGAUAAAUUCUUUACGUUGAAGAGUAAAUUUCCCGAAAUGUUUAAUGUCACCGAUGUCAAGGAUCCGAGGUUUCGGGAAAUUUUGAAACUGGGCAUGUUCAUGUACCUCCCCGAACCAUUAAAUGGUAACGGUCCCCGCAUUUGCAUUAUGCGCUCCAGCUUGUAUCCCCCGGAAAAGUAUACCAUGGAAGAGGUAAUGGCUGUCUCCCAUGCCAUGCAAGAAAUUGCUCUCCUCGAAGAUGACUAUGCCAAUAUCCAUGGCAUAAUAUUCAUUGGAGAUUUUGGUAAGGCCACCAUGGCUCACAUGUUCCAAUGGACGCCCUCGCUGAUGAAAAAAGCCACCGUGUUCUCCGAAGAAGCUAUUCCCUUGCGUCCCAAAGCAAGUCAUUUUAUUAACACACCCUCUGGAUUCGAACCCAUAUUCAAUAUGGUGAAACCCAUGUUAUCGGCUAAACAACAAAGUCGGUUAUUUGUUCAUGGCAACAAACUGGAUUCAUUGACCAAGGAAAUCCCUUUGAAAUAUUUGCCCAAGGAAUAUGGCGGUGAAAAUAGCUCCGUGGAUGAAAUGAUGCAGGAAUGGGAAAAGAAAAUGGAUCAAUAUGCCGAAUACUUUAAGAAGAAUGCCGAAUAUGGCACCGAUGAGAAAUUGCGUCCCGGCAAGGCCAUCGAUUUCAAUAGCAUGUUUGGUAUUGAAGGCUCUUUCCGUAAAUUAGAUGUGGAUUAAGGUGUUGAUUUAAUAAAGAUAAAUAAUUUGAAAGUAUGAAGUGUGUUUCUUUAUCGGAAAUUACUUCAACAUUUUU